AUGCAGCAACCGCUGGCCAUCACGCAUGCGAAUGAUGAAGCGGGCGACGGUGAUCUUCCUCCACUUCCAAAGGCGACAUUGCCGAAACUUCCCCCGGCAAAGACUCCGGCCGCAAAGACACCAGCCAAACCUCAAGCGGUUGCCGAAGCUCCGAAGCCGGCACCCAAGGCACAGCCGCAGUCGAGCCCGAGCGUAGGACCGACCGUUCAGGUUGCACAAGAGAACGGCCAGACAUCGCCGAAGGCCACUCCACCCACUCCGGUAGCCAAACCCCAGAAGGUUGAGCUCUCGGAAAACGAGAAACGCAAUCGACGUCUGGCCGAACAACAGCGGCUGGCCGAGCUACAGCGGAAGAACGAAUUCCGUCCGCCGCAAGCCGAUCGGCCGACGAUCAAUCGCCCCGUGGUGCAGGCCACCAAACCGAUGGGCGCGCCCACUGUCGAACCGCAGCCGACCCGUCCCGCUCCGGUUACGGCCCCUCUGCAGCCGGCACCGGUGGUCGCUCAGAAGCAAACUCCACGCGAGAAGCCAGUCUUCGACCGUCCUGUGGUCGAGUCUCCUGUGGCUACUCCGAAGCCCCAACUCGCAGAGAAGAAACCGCAGCCGGCGAAGGUAACGCCGAAGGUUGUUGAAGAAGCGAAACCGCAAGUUGCUGAAACAAAACCGCAGCCGGUUGAAAAGCAACCGCUAGUUGCAGCGAAGAAACCACAACCGGUGGCGGUCCCGGCGAAGAAAUCUCCCCCCUCGCCGGCCGCCAUCGAUCAAGACACUGCCCCGCAAGUGGCUCAGCAACGCGCACCACAGCCAAUGCGAACCCCCGAGCAGAUGCGGUCUUUGACGACCCCCACCGUGCAACCGACCCCCGAACCUCGUUUCGCAGAGGUUCCUGCUCCGCGGAACACGCAAGUGGUGCCCCGCCCUGCACCGCGGGUGGCCGCUCAGGCACCUCGCGUUGCAUCACGGCCUAAGAGCGUGCCACGUUCCGAGCCUCAAGUGCACAUGCCUCCGUUCAUCGCACAACAGGUUGCACAACACGUGCAGUACGGCCAAGACCUUGCCUCGCGCGGAGCCACGCAUUCGGCCCGUAGCGAGUUCAUGCGGGCGCUCGACGUAGUGGCUCACGCGUUGGACGCGCAAGAGAACAGCGAGCGUCAUCGUGACGCCCUUCGCGAAGGGCUCACGGCCUUGGAGGAGGCAGAAGAACUCACGCCCCAUGUCGAGCAAGGUUCGGCCGGGUGGCGACGUUCGGUCGAGAAGCAUUCGACCCCCAUCUUGAAAUCGCCCGAGGCCCAGAACAUCCACCCGUUCAUGGCGAUGCAGAAGUACUGUGCCUUCGCCGGCCAACGGCUGGUGAUCGCGUUGGGCCACGAAGCUUCGGCAUCCAAGGCUCUGUACGGCAUGGCCCGGCUCGAGCUUGAUAUGGAAUCGCCGACUACCAAACAAGCGACUCUGGCCGGCCCGCGAGCGAUUGUGCUGCAUCAGGCCGCACUGAGUAUCGAUUCGAAUAACUACGAGGCAGCCAACGAGCUGGGCGUGUUGUUUGCUCGCUACGGGCAAUACGAACAGGCAAGAGCCGCGUUGCUGCACAGCAUUCGCAUCUCACCGCAGCCAAUUAGUUGGCAGAACCUGGCUUCGGUCUCCGAGUUGCUGGGCGAUCGCGAAACGGCCCACGCUGCCAAGCAUCAGCAGCAAUGGUUGGCCCAAAAGCUUCAGCAAGAGCACCCGUUCACCACCGGGGCGAAUGCUGCUUUGGAUGUGACCAUGCUCGAUCCGAUUACCUUUGCCAACUUGCCCACAGGCGAGCACAGCAUUGGAGCGGCCGCACCUCAAGCGCCGAUGAACGGGCCAGCCCAAACGGCCUUCAAAGGCGAAGACCCCGCGGUGAAGAAGAACGAAAAACCGAUCGUUGCUCGAGUCAUGGCCGGGAACGAUCAGGUUCAACCGCCGCCCGAGCAAAUCGAGCUGCAGGACAACCACAUUGUGUACGAGGGGAUGUUCGGUCCUCCCGAUGCCCAUUGGGCUCCUGCCACCAUGCAUCCUCGCUGUGGCGUUCAGUGCGAUCGUGGUCAGCCGUGCAACGAAUUGCGUUGGAACUCCUGGGGCCCAAUCCCGUGGGAAAUCUUCGCCCAGGGUGAAUACAUCGGCCCGGCUCGACUGGCUCACGUGCCUGAGUAUCGCCUACGGGUGGAUGACACGCUGGAAGUGGUUUACCGCUUGACGGCCGAGGAGAGCAAACAACCGUACCGCUUCAACGUGGGCGAUGUGAUGGAAGUCAGUUCGCUGAGUGACGAAAGUGUGGGCGGCGAAGUCGUCGUUCAGCCCGACGGCACCAUCACGCUGGCCUUGCUAGGCCAAGUGCCCGCCGCCGACCGCACGGUGACCGAACUGCGGGACGACAUUGAACAGCGUUACGAGCAGUACAUUCAGAAGCCGGCCAUCACGGUCAUUCCCCAGAAGCUGAACAACCGCCUGCUCGAAUUGCGAGCCACGGUCGACAACCGUGCCGGUACCGGUGGUCAGUCGCGUCAGGUUAAAGUCACCCCCGAAGGCACCAUUCAACUUCCGGCGUUAGGUUCGGUCUUUGCCCAAGGGCUGACCUUGCCCGAAUUGCGCCGCGAGGUGAACCUCCGCUAUUCCAAAAUCGUCGCUGGGCUGGAAACCACCCCCAUUCUCUCGCAACGUGCCGAACGCUAUGUGUACGUGGUUGGCGAGGUGAAGAAGUCGGGUCGCUACACUCUGGAAGCCCCCACCACGGUGAUUCAAUCGAUCGCCCUGGCCGGCGGCUGGAAUGUGGGUGCCUACCUGGAUCACGUGGUGGUCUUGCGUCGCGAUGAGAACUGGCACCUGAUGGCCACGAAGCUCGACCUUCGAAGAGCACUGUUCGGCAAGGCACCUUGCCCGGCAGACGACAUCUGGAUUCGCGAUUCGGACAUCGUGAUCGUGCCGAAGAGCCCAAUCCUGGCCACGACCGACUUGAUCGACCUGGUGUUCACGCGAGGUAUCUACAGCGUGAUUCCGUUCACGGCUAACGUGUCGUACACCAACCUGUCGUCCUUCGUGCCGGGUGAAUAA